GUGGGUGACUUAUGUGUUGGAGAGCACAGAGACCACAGCACAGACACAUUUCUUCCUAUGAUGCCAUUCAUAACAUCACUGCUGAGUGGCUUUAAGUUAACAAGAAAGUUAUUGUAGUUUAGAUUAAAGCUACAGAUUUAGAAAAACAAAAAAAUUAAGUGCCUUAAAGAAAUUAGGUCCCUGGGAUAUUUCUUGGAUUGGAUUAGCUCACAUUUUACCUGAGGUGGCUGUCAUCCUUAGCCCCAAGGCUGGAGAGCUGACAACAGUAUGGCUGCAAUCUUAAGGGCAUUGGUUCUCGCGUUGCUCAUUCAGGGCUGUUUUUGCAGUGUUGGACAGACUGACACAGGCUGCAUGAAAUGGACACCAAAAGGAGAUAAUGUUUGCUGUGAAGCCUGUUUUGCUGGACACCGCCUGGUCAAAGAAUGUGGCCCAAGCCCGAAAGAUCUCUGUACUCCUUGUGAGGCUGGGACAUUUACGGUGAACCCAAAACAGUACAGCUGUACCAGGUGUACACAGUGUGUAGGUGCUCAAGUCUAUGUGAAAAUGUGCACUGCCACAACUGACACAAAGUGUGGCUGUAGAGAAGGACUCAUCUGUGGUAAUGACCGCUGUUCUUUCUGUGUCAAAAAGUGUGACAAAGGUUAUGAACCAGAGAAACGUUCUUGCAGACCAUGUCCAGAGGGAACCUUCAAUGACCAAAGUCACCAGAUGUGUAAACCCUGGAGUACCAAGUGUCCCAAUCCAGAUCAAAAGAUUGUGGCCAUGGGAAAUGGACUUACGGACAUCAAGUGUGUUAAUAUUUCAAUAGCCCAAGUGACCGUUCCAAAGCGACCUGAUCCCACAGAGCAGGCAUGGCCAUUGGUCUUAUCUGUGAUCACAAGUGCGGUUCUGAUGGCCUUUAGCAUCAUCAUCAUCAGCCUUGUAGCCAAGAAAAUCUUCCAGAAAAGAAAGGAAAAAGGCAAAAAGCCAAUCACAAAGACCCCGAUAAUCGGAACCCCUACAGAUGAUCCUAGGACAUUAAUAGCCAUUGAGUGUAGUUUCCACGAGGCCCAGCAAGAGCAGGGCAGCAGCUCAGAGUCGCUCAACUCCAAGGACUCCUCGGGCCAGCUCAUUGCUUGAAGAGAAGGGAAACUGGACAUGACUGCCCCACUGAAGAACCCGUUGUUUGUGUUGAGUUUGGUGAGAGGAAACAGGAUAUCCUGAAUAAGACCUCCGUCCCACUUUGUGAUACUGGAGAUGUUUUUGUUGUGCCAAUUUGUUUGGCUUUAAAUGAAAGAAACAAAGCACUGUAUUCACCCAGCUGUCUUUUAUCCACCCCAUUUUCCUUUUAUCAGAAUAACCAAAGAUACUGUGAAAAUCUUUAUAGGUCAGGUUAGAGGUAUCACUUUGCUGUACAAUUACACCAAUGUAAUUAUAGCGAUGAUACAGUAAAUACACACAGGGAAGGAAGGGGAAUUCUGAGAGGGAAAACACUAAGUGGAUUACAACAGUCCAUUCAUCAUGUUAAUUAUAUCAGACAUUGAGGCUGUUUUUUCCCCUUUCAGUUAAGCCUAAAAGAAGAUAGCUGUGAAAGGUUUUGAAUUAUUGGAUUGAGUUUGGCACCAGAUGGAAAAAAGCAUACCUUACAUUAAAUACCUAAGCCUUUAGACUUUUAACUACUUUCAAACAAGUGGACUUGUGCCAAUGGCCUGUGUAUAAUAAUAAUAUUGUAGUGUAUGAGUUUCACUCCUUUUAUAUUUGCAUGUCUAAGCGGGAAAGCUGCGGAGUGUUGCGUUGUGUGAAUGUACAGUGCAGGUGGGCGUUCAGCUGGGUGUGAAAGGUCUGACAGCAGAGAAGUCUGAGUCACGCCUGAGGCUGAGCCCACAAAUGCCUCCUAGAUUUCUGCUGAAUUUGUACAUUUCUAACUCUGGUUAUGUUGCUGUGUCAAUCAUGAUUUUAUGUUGUGAAACAUUUAUGAUUUAUCAUGGGGACAGUUUGCUAUUUUUGUGUACUUUGUUGUUAUGUUUCUAUAGAACACAGAAGAUAACUUUGUUUACAACAGUAUAUAGUAUCACUUUGAAGACCGCAUGGUGUAUACAGCCUCUUCGACUCUACUUAACAUUACCAGGAACUAUAUGGACUUUCCAACAAUUGCUUCAUUGGUGUCAAAAAGUCCAGCAAAGGGAGUUCCCUUUUUGUGAAUAGGUAAUCAUAUAUUUAAAAUUAAAACACCAAGGAAUCUACAGUACAUUACACAGUCUGCAUAUCUAAAGCACCUUGGUGCUAUUUUAAUGAGAAAGGUUGAGUUUUUAUUGAUGAGCAAGCUGAGACAUGCCUGUUGAGCAAGAGUUAUAGCAAGUACAAUAUUUAGGAUUAAAUGUCAGAUAAUGUGAUUAGUCAUGUGCUGCACAUAGAUCUCUGAGAUUUCUUUUAAAGUGUGUCAUGUGGGAAAUCCUCUGAACAAAUAGGAUACAAACUUGGCAAAUAUACAAGGCAAACACAAUAUCAAAAAUGAGGCUCAAGGGUUAUGUGGAAACCCCCCAGUCAGUCUUGUACUCCUUUUUGCUUUUGGUUAUUUUCUAGCACAAUAGAGUAGGCAGCUAGAGCCAUAGCUAGAUCAGACCAAGUGGAACUUUUUUUCACAACUCAAUUCUUUUCUGAACUGUAGCAGGCGUAUAUCUUUCUACUGAAAUGGAACAUUUGUUAGCCCACACUUUUAGUAACGUAUCAGGGACUAUCUGUGAGUCACAACUCACACAUUGUGAUGUCUGUUGAAAGGCCACAAAGUUCAUGGGUUUUGCCUUGAGAGGAGUUACCACAGUACAGUCUGUCAUACAGUGAGAAGUAGUAAGGACUAUAGCACUUUACUUGUCAACUGGUAUGACCAAUGUUAUGCACUUGUUUGGUUUGUGAAUUUAUCAUUCUGCCUCAUAAUAUCUAUAAUAUAUAUAUUUUACAAGAUGUUUUUAUAUCAGUCUUUGGAACUGUCCAUGGUUUACAGUGUGCAUUCUGUUAUGUUGUACUUAUAACUUCUUUUUAAAAGUCAAUAAAAAUGGGAUUUGUAUUUUAUUUGUUGUACUUUCAUACAGAACAAUUGCAUUCAUAGUGGUCCACCAGCAGUGGCAUAUUUCAUCUGUAAAAAACAAAAUGCAACAACAAAAGGAGGUUUUAAAUGUGGGAGUAAUAUGAACAUAAAAAAAA